UGUUCAUAUUGUCAUUGAUGAUUGGGGAACUGACUUUUACAUAAAGAAUAAAGUGGAGGACCAAUAGUUUUCUAGUAUAAUGAAGAAAGACUGAUGUCAGGACAAAGUAUUAUAACACAUAUGUUAGCAGUGUUAUUAUUGCUGCUGUAUUUACCUAGUACAUCAGCAACCAUCACCAUACCUACAAUCAAACUAUUCCAAAACACCAUUAAAAAAUGGGCAAUAGAUCUUAAAGACGACAAGGAUCGAAGAGAAAGAUGGGAUCGUUUGGUUGAAGCGGUGAAGUCGGUUGAGAGGACCACAUCGGGUGUGGUGCUCAGCAGUUUGAACAGAUUUGCAGUUGCGAAUAAUGAAGAGUUUGAGAAUAUAGUACGACCUUUGUUCGAGGGAUUUAACAUGUCAGCCACUUUAGCUGGUUUCUCGAAGCUUGAGAACAAAGUGAGGAAAAGAAGGAGGAGUAAAAGGUCACUUCCUAAAACAUUUGACUAUUGGGAGAAUACAGUGGGUCUCAGCACUCCUCUCAACCAAGCGAGCUGUGGCAGUUGUUGGAGCUUUCCAAAUGUGGGAACGAUGGAAGCUCUGAACAAGCAUUUAACAGGAGAUGACACGGAAUUCUCGGAGCAAUACUUCGUGGACUGCACCUUCGAUUACUCGGGAUGUGCUGGCGGUGUUGUUAAUGAAGGGUACAAACUGACGAAGAUGAGACAGUAUCUUGUCUCCGCUGAAGACAUGCCCUAUGCUGCAGACUAUACGCCGUGCAAAAUACUGGAAGACAUCGUCAACUUUAAAAAUAACGCCAUGACAAAGAUAUGGAUACAGGAUUUCGUGCCACUCCAAUCAAGUGAGGUUGGAAUGUUGGAAGGAUUAACUACAUCUCCAGUUGCGUUUGGAACUAUGAUAGGCAAUGACCUCUUCGCCUAUUCUGGAGGAGAGUAUAGAGACACACAGUGUGCUACUAACCCAAUGCCUCACGCCAUGUUACUAGUAGGAUACACUGACAAAACACUUCGUGUCAAAGCAAGCUACGGAACUGAUUUUGGAGACAAUGGAUAUAUUGACUAUGCUCGUGGAGACGAGAGUCUCCUGAACUGUGGGUUCUACAAGAACGCCUUCUCACUUUUAGCUACUUAUAGAAGAGAUCUGAAGUAUGCAUAUUGUAAUGAGGGGCACCCGACGACCUAUCAACAAUGCAAAGAUUCUUGCCAAGCGAUGGAUACAAAACAUAAAAGUGGAUGGGAUUUGGCGACCAUCCCUACAGAGUAUCAUAACAAUCUGUUAGUGGAUAAAUUAGCAGAUGAUUAUCCUGGGGAGAAGACAGAUGACAAAUUUAAGCUCUUUUGGAUUGGGUUAUUAGAUGAAGAUAGAACUGGAGCAUACAGGUGGCUGGACGGGUUUACGCCGGCUAACUAUAUCAACAUACCGAGUCAUGGUAGAGGGAAUCAUUAUGGGUUGAUAGAUGAGAACUCUGGUGAAUGGGUCACCAAGAAUUCUCUCACGUUUGAAGCAAGGGGUCUCUGCAGCCGGGCAGUGAACUGUUGGAACAUAGAAAAUGCAGUCCAAAACGGGAAUGUUAGAUUUAGCAAAGCAGAUUUGACUGAAGGCACAGAGGCAACGGUCAAAUGUAAAGAGGGAACACUAGUGGGUUCAGAUACGUUACAGUGUAUUGGGGGACAGUGGGAUCAGCCUCUUCCAUUAUGUAGUAACGGAGGUUCAAAUGGCAAUGCCCCGUAUGAUGUUAAUAAUGGUGAGUGUACUGUGAUCAAAUCAGAUCUGUUCAUCCUAGAACCACCCGAGGAGGACUUCAUUGCAGAUGGAGAAGAGUUGGAAGCAAUAUGUGUAAACAAUAAGAAGAUCAGCCAGACUAUGACAUGUUCCAAGGGUGUAUUUCAGCCUGCACUUAAUCCAAAGACACUUUGUUCAGGUAAAAGCUUUCAAACAGCUAAAGCUGGACACUCGACCUUAUCUGCAAUUUUAGCCCUUCUACUUGGACUUUUAAUGAUCUAAAAAUGCGUCACUAAUUAAACUUUUUUUUUAAUGAUGGCAUGUUUACGGACACUGCUUAACGAUUCCCUGAAUUUUUUUGUCUUUUGAGGCUUUUUAGAUUGUUUAAACCUUUUCUGUUUUCG